GCUCGUCUGUCUGAGGGGGCUAUGCAGCGACAAAGCUUGGCUUAGCUGACGGUCUUGUCACCGCGCCGAAGAACGAUCACACCGCUCACACUUGACGACGAUAUGGCUAGCGCUCGACCGGUAGGCUUCCUGGGGGCGGCAGACUGGCUGCGCAGCUCGGUCAAGCUCGUCAAAUCGAAAGCCGUCGUCGACUUUACGGUGUUCCUGUUCAGCCAGGUGCUACUCUUCUACGGCGCAAAGUAUGUCUUCACGAGGAUGCUCGACCCUCAGGCGGCAAGGAAACGGGCGGCGAGUUCAAAGUCGAGCAAGACGCUCAAGCUCAUGGGCAAACGGGACCUCGACCUGAGCGAGCAUGAGAUGAUGAUAGCUGCCGAGGUCAUCUACCCUGAAGAUAUCAAGACCGGUUUCUCAGACGUCGGCGGCCUAGAACUCAUCGUCGACGAGCUGAGAGAGGCGGUCAUCUAUCCGCUCAUGAACCCCAUGGCAUUCCAGUCCACCUCCGAUCUCUUCUCUGCUCCCAAGGGCGUUCUACUGCAUGGGCCACCCGGUUGUGGCAAGACUAUGCUCGCCAAGGCGCUCGCCAAGGAGUCGGGCGCGACUUUCAUCAACAUCAAAGUCUCGACCCUGCUCGACAAGUGGCUCGGAGAGAGCAACAAGCUCGUCGCCGCACUCUUUUCGCUCGCCCACAAAGUACAGCCCAGCAUCAUUUUCAUCGACGAAAUCGACAGCUUCUUGCGCGAGAGGAGCAGGAACGAUCACGAGCAAUCUGGCAUGAUGAAGGCAGAAUUUAUGAGCUCGUGGGACGGCCUGACCACUGGCAAAGAGCGUAUCAUUGUCCUCGGCGCAACCAACAGACCCAAUGACAUUGACGCUGCCAUUCUCCGGCGAAUGCCAAAGCGCUUUGCGGUGCGGCUACCGGACGCCAAAUCUCGCAGGAGUAUACUCAAUCUGAUUCUCAAGGACAUCCCACUCGAGCGAAAUUUCAAUUGGGACAGCUUGAUACGACUCACAGAUGGCAUGUCAGGCAGUGGUCUGAAAGAAAUGUGCCGAAAUGCCGUCAUGGUGCCCGUGCGUGAGGAGCUCCGACGGAAUGGCCGGACAGCUCCUCCCAAAUCAUCAGACGCUGUUGAUCCUCCAGAGCUCAAGAAGUUUGAUAUCCGCCCCGUGCGGACGAGUGAUUUCUUCAUCAAUGGGAGGAUUGCUUCGAUUGGUAACGAUGUACCCACUCAGGACGGACUAGAUUGACAGCAUCAUUUGCAUUCUCGUAGACGCUUUCUCUUUCCUAUGACGUUCCGUGUUCACUGUCAUGCGAGUCAGCGAACGGCACGAAAGAUGCAGCCAGGGGCUCACUGUGAUGACAGUGGGCUUGUCGCGACCGGUGAUCUCGGCCAGCUGACUGAGCGAGAGCGCGACUUCGAUGAGUGGCUUGAGUCCUUCCUGCGUAUCGCCCGCAUAUUCGCUACUGUCCUUGGAGUACUUCUCCACGUAGAGUCUGAUCGUCGCGCCGGAGCUGCCCGUGCCGCUCAAUCGGAAGACAACGCGAGAGCCGUCCGAGAAGCGAACGUAGAGACCUUGGUUCUUCGAGACUGAGCCAUCGAUUGGGUCAGUGUAGGCAAAAUUGUCGG